AUGGUCCUUCUAACUGAACUUCCACCUGAGAUCGUGCAACAUGUCCUUGGCUACGUCGAACCCUCCGACUUAGGAUGGAUCCCCCGCGUUUGCAAGUACCUCUAUCAUAUUGUCAAUGGGAAUACCUCACUUUUCAGGAUUGUUUAUCUUAAUAAUUAUGAUAAUCCUCUAAAUAAGCCCGUCGUAAAUUGGACGCAGGCAGUUCACGAUGUCGUCCGUUUACAGGGUAUAGGUCGAAGAGAUCGUGUCCAAGAUAAGAAAAAUGAACUCUCCUUCGUUUAUGACACUGUCAAGUCUUUCCUCCAGAACGCUGCCACCGAUACUGAGCGAUUACCGUUAACAACCCAUCUGAGAUCCCGUAACGCUGACAUUUUACACUCCAUAUUCGAGGAAGAGACUAACCAAUCUGCCUUUUUGUGCCGGUCUGCCAUCUUCGGGCGCGCUCGGAAAGAAUGCGUCUGUUCGGAUAGCGAUAUCUCAUCCGUACAGGAGGACCACCAGAAGAGUGCACAUUUACACUGCCUUUUUGGAGUGCCGAUUUUGUAUGCGCGGCCAGAGUCCCAUCAGACAAGAGAAAGCAAGAUGAGCCCGUAUGCCUGCUCUAUGGUAUACGACUUAAGGCGAUACACAGCAAACACGAAAUGGGGCCCGUUUAUGGAUGACGACACAGACCGUGUGGACUGGGAGAAAGCCGAAGCCAUUAUGAUCGUGAUCGGAUCGAACCUUCAGAGGCUUGGCCUUGCGAGGUUUCCACUAUGUAGGAGCUUUUGGGACACACCGUUCGCAGGAACAUGGCCCCAAAGCUAUAUACCACAUUCUAUCUCUCGAAAGCCGGAAUUUUUGAAAGUCCCGAAUCCGUUAGAACAUCAGGACCCGUAUGGAGUCACAGGGACUUGGCUACGCAUAGUAUGCUUCCUGGAUUAUACAGACUUUCACAUAUAUAACUUCGCCGAAGGCGCACAACUUCCACGGAAUGUCCCUCGACCUGCUCUUGAUGUUGGCCAAGCCACGCGCCUAAUCCUUAUGAGGGUUCGUGUGACUGGUAUCGAGCCCCCUGGGCCCGAGGAUGGACAAGAACUGCCAGUUGUACAUUUCAAGGGAAUUUCCCAGUCGCUUGACGACAGCUAUGAUGAAAAUGCCAAUUCGGAUUUGAGAGGUAUGAAAGAGAAAGGUACCGUUCGCUUGACCCGUGAAGGCGAGGUACACUGGACAACCUUUUCAAUUUUCAACGGUGAAGAGAGAUGGCGUAGUGAGAGCGUCCAGAUUGGUGGUGUUAAGAGCUCUAAGGGAGUGUUGGGUCAUUGGUUUGAUAAGGAUUUCGAUCCGCAUGGCCCAGCUGGUCCAAGUGCAUUUUGGAAGGUUUCGGACGAUGUCACAGCAGAAUACAGCGAAAUUAUGCAGCAUUUUCUGCCCAGUAUCCAUGAUACUUCCCUCGAUAAGCUAGGUGACGAGGACGAAUUUGACCGGCCGGCUUACCGAUCGGACGACGAUGAAGAUGAAGAAUAUGAGCCUGGAUUUACGGGCAUGGCUUGGGCGACGUGGAUGGAUAACUAG